UAUUAUUAGUUUAUCCAGCCUGCUCACAAUUCCAAUGGUUGCGACGGCGGCUUCCGGCGUCGCCAUCUACUCUCUUUUAUUUCUGUGAUCCCUUUUCCGGUAGGGUGACAAAAUGACUGGCUUCAGUGAAAAGCCAAUCUUGAUCGAUGGCCGUGGUCAUUUGCUUGGCCGAUUGGCAGCGACCAUUGCCAAAACUAUUCUGCAAGGCAACAGAGUUAUCGUUGUUCGCAGUGAACAACUCAACAUUUCUGGCAACUUUUUCAGGAACAAGUUGAAGUUCAUGUCUUUCUUGCGCAAAAGAUGUAACGUGAAUCCUGCAAGAGGACCUUUCCACUUCCGAGCUCCCAGUAAAAUUCUAUGGAAAACAGUUCGUGGCAUGAUCCCACACAAAACUCAGAGAGGCAAGGAUGCACUCAGGAGGUUGAAGGUUUACGAAGGAUGCCCACCUCCCUAUGACCGCAGAAAGCGUGUUGUGGUACCUGGUGCAAUGAGAGUCAUGUGCCUGAAGCCCGGCAGAAAGUACUGUCACGUUGGCCGUUUAUCUCAUGAAGUCGGUUGGAAAUACAAGUCCGUGGUCCGUACAUUGGAGAACAAGAGGCGUGUUAAAUCUAUCCUCGAAGUUCAAAAGAGAGAUAAGCUUAAGAAAAUUACCAAGGAGGCGGGCGAAAAGGUAUCCAAAGCAACUGCGCCGUACACGCAAAUUAUCAACAGCUUUGGAUACAAUUAAAACAUAUGUAUUAUAAGGAUAAUAAAGCCUUGUAAACAUGAA